UGGCUUGUUCUCUUUUGCCAUUUGUGGUGAGCUCCUUGGCUCUACUCUCUUUCCAUUUAUGUCAAUUACUAUGUAUCUACUCCUCCUACAAUAGUGCUCUAGUAGAUGCCCUUUUUAGUAUCUCCUUUGCCCUACAAGGAGAGAGAGCAUCUUGUAGAGAGAGAGAGAGAGCAUCUUGUAGAGAGAGAGAGAGAGAGAGAGAGAGAGAGAGAGAGAGAGAAGGGGGGGGUUUGAUCAUGGUGAGGGGGAGGAGGGAGAUGCGGCGGAUCGAGAACGCGACGAGCCGGCAGGUGACGUUCUCGAAGCGGCGGAACGGCCUGCUGAAGAAGGCCUUCGAGCUGUCCGUCCUUUGCGACGCCGAGGUCGCCCUCGUCAUCUUCUCCGCCGCCGGCAAACUCUACGAGUUCGCCAGCUCCGAUAUGCAGAAAACAAUCGACCGUUAUACAUCGCAUACAAAAGAAGUCAUCGGAAGCAAGGAAGCAGCACAGCAGAGUUUAGAGUUGCAGCAAUGGAGAUCUGAAGCAGCCACAUUAGCGAAGAAGAUUGAGCUUCAUGAAACUGAGAAAAGGAAACUCUGCGGCGGCGGCGUAGAAUCAUGUUCUCUGGAGGAGCUGCAUGAUCUUGAGGCCCAACUAGAGAGAAGUCUCAGUAAAAUUAGAUCGAAGAAGCAAAGAAAGAUUUUGCAGGAAAUCACAGAGCUAAAGGAAAAGGAGAGUUUGCUCUUAAAGGAGAAUGCGUUGCUCCGCGAAAAGGUGCGAACUCAACUGCUACCAUCUGUUCCUGAUCAGCAUCUCAUUCCAGAUGAUCAACCGAACGGAAACAUGGAAGUAGAGACAGAUCUUAUAAUCGGAAGACCGGGAACCGGCGAGGCGCAGCAACAGUUGGCGAAUUCGAGCGAAACUUCGCAUUAAGUAUAUAUAUAUAUUUGCUAUCUGUGAACAAAUGCGCGCUUUUGACACAAGCAUUUGUACUGUUCGUCCGGUUGAAAGCAAAGAAAAGAAAAGAAAAAAGAGCUGUAUUUUUUUUCCAAAAAAAAUUUUCUAUCAAGUUAUUUAUCAUUGCUCGAGCGAAAUUUGUUUAAUGUACCAUAUACUUUAAUUAUGAGGUAAAGAUAAGGUUUCGUGUUUA